AUGAGGCUCUUGCUUCCAUUUUCCGCCACGUCACCGCCGGCGUCGCCGCCAUCUUUCCCGGAACAUCCACAUCCGUCACAAAUCGAGUACUCCGGUUUAAUCAAAAUUUUCAAAAAGUCGGUAAUAGGAACAUUAACCGGGGCUCUCUCGCUCACACUCGUAUUCUCGUCGCCGGUUUUCUCCGUUGCUGCUGCGAUCGAUCCUUAUCUCUCUCUGAAUCCGCCAUCAUUGUCGCCUGAUUCUUCUCUGAACUACUUCGAUUCGUCUCCGGAAGAUUGCCCCAACGAGGAAGAAGAAGCUGACACUGAGACGCGAGACGAUGACGUCAGGCCUCAGGUAGUAACUAAUGAAGGGAUUGUUGAAGAAGCUUGGGAGAUUGUUAAUGACUCCUUCCUCGAUACUCGGAGCCAUAGCUGGACUCCUGAAACUUGGCAGAAACAGAAGGAAGAUAUAUUAGCUAGUCCAAUUAAGAGUAGAUCAAAGGCUCAUGAAGUGAUUAAGAAAAUGUUAGCCAGUUUGGGUGAUCAAUACACUCGCUUCCUCUCACCAGAUGAGUUCUCCAGGAUGUCGAAGUAUGACAUCACCGGUAUUGGAAUAAACCUUAGAGAAGUUUCUGAUGGUGGUGGAAAUGUAAAGCUGAAGGUUCUUGGUCUUGUAAUGGACGGUCCUGCUGAUAUUGCCGGCGUGAAACAGGGAGAUGAGAUUCUUGCUGUCAAUGGAGUGGAUGUUAGUGGGAAAUCAUCGUUUGAAGUAUCAUCUCUGUUACAAGGCCCUAGUAAAACUUAUGUGGUUCUCAAGGUGAAGCAUGGAAAAUGUGGACCUCUUAAGUCAAUUAAAGUCCAGAGACAAGUUAAUGCAACGACACCAGUCUCUUACCGGCUGGAAAAAGUUGACAACGGAAAAAUCUCUGUUGGGUAUAUCCGACUAAAAGAGUUCAAUGCCUUGGCUAGAAAAGAUUUGGUGAUUGCAAUGAAACGACUUCAGGAUAAGGGUGCGUCUUAUUUCGUAAUGGAUCUUAGAGAUAACCUUGGUGGACUUGUACAGGCUGGAAUAGAAACUGCUAAGCUGUUCCUAGAUGAAGGGGAUACGGUGAUAUAUACAGCCGGGAGAGACACCGAGUCACAAAAAACUGUUCUUGCAGAUAGAAAACCAUUGACCACUGCCCCACUUAUUGUGAUGGUAAAUAACAGAACAGCAAGUGCUAGUGAAAUUGUAGCCUCUGCACUUCAUGAUAACUGUAAAGCAGUUCUUGUUGGCGAAAGAACUUACGGAAAGGGUUUGAUUCAAUCGGUUUUCGAACUCCGAGAUGGUUCUGGAGUUGUUGUGACAAUAGGAAAGUAUGUCACACCUAACCAUAUAGACAUCAAUGGUGGUGGAAUUGAACCUGAUUUCAGAAACUUACCAGUCGUGUGCCCUUCAAUGGUGUCUACGGAGGUUUGCACCGCCGUCUCCGGUAUGAAACCAAUGUCUCCGCCUCCUGAAUCAGACGGCUCUGCUGAUUUCCUCGAUAACAAUAGACUACAAGAAACUUUCUCCAAUGGAGGACUUGAUUUUGAUGAUUGGACUUUGUUAAUCUCCGAGAUAGAGACUUCAUUCCCAGAUGAUAUCGAGAAGCUAUGUUUAGUCUACGAUGCUUUCUUGUUGGAGUUUCCAUUGUGCCAUGGCUAUUGGAAGAAAUAUGCUUACCAUAAGAUAAAGCUAUGCACUUUAGAAGAUGCUGUUGAAGUUUUCGAACGAGCUGUACAAGCAGCUACUUACUCUGUAUCUCUAUGGCUCGACUAUUGCGCUUUCGGUGUUGCUGCGUAUGAGGAUCCUCAUGAUGUUAGUAGCUUCAGGAAGAUUUCUUCUUCUUUGAAAGAGAAGAUUAAAUGUAGAAUAGAUGCUAACGGAGACCUUUUUUCGGACCCCAUGGAAGAAGAUUUGGUCCCUACACGUCACACUGAUGAGGAGAUCUCUGUCGUUAUAAGAGACUUGAUGGGUCCUUCCUCUAGCUCGGCUGUGUCAAAAGCAUUGCAUGAAUAUUUGUCGAUUGGAGAACAAUUCUAUCAAGAUUCACAGCAAUUAGAGGACAAAAUAAGUUGCUUUGAGACGCAUAUCCGCAGGCCGUACUUUCACGUAAAUCCGUUGGACACUAAUCAGCUGGAUAAUUGGCAUGCGUAUUUGAGCUUCGCUGAAACAUAUGGGGACUUUGAUUGGGCUAUUAAGCUUUACGAGAGAUGCUUAAUACCAUGUGCUAAUUACACCGAGUUCUGGUUCCGCUAUGUGGAUUUUGUUGAAAGCAAUGGUGGAAGGGAGCUAGCAAACUUUGCGUUGGCUCGAGCUUCACAAACUUUUGUUAAGGAUGCAUCUGUUAUCCAUCUAUUCAAUGCAAGAUUCAAGGAACACGUUGGAGAUGCAUCUGCUGCUUCUGAUGCUCUGUCUCUAUGUGGCGAGGAACUUGGUUUGGGUUUUGUUGAAAAUGUAACUAAGAAGGCUAACAUGGAAAAGCGUCUGGGUAAUUUUGAAGCGGCUGUUACUACAUACAGAGAGGCUCUGAAGAAAGCACUUAUUGAAAAAGAAAACUUAGAAUCCACUGCACUGUUGUACGUUCAGUUUUCUCGUCUCAAGUACAUGAUAACAAACAGUGCUGAUGAGGCAGCUCAGAUUCUGAUAGAGGGCAAUGAGAAAGUUCCUCACUGCAAAUUACUUCUUGAGGAGCUUAUAAGACUGUUGAUGAUGCAUGGAGGGACUCGACAAGUAGAUUUGGUAGAUCCGAUCAUAGACAAAGAAAUAUCUCACCAGGCAGAUUUCUCCGAUGGUCUGAGCGCUAAGGACAAGGAGGAGAUAUCAAAUUUAUACAUGGAGUUUAUUGACCUCUCUGGAACCAUCCACGAUGUGAGAAAGGCUUUGAGGCGGCACAUAAAAUUAUUUCCACAUUCUGCUAGAGCCAAGUCACAUGGAUUAUGUCCUUUGCGGAAAUCAUUCAGAGAGUUAAUUCAGAGAAGAGAGAAGACCCGUGUGUCCACGACUCAGGAGUUGUCAAUAGACAACAGCAUUGGCGACACAGUUGUUUUGCCUCCCGAAGAAAAGAAAGACUUACCUUUAGACUCUGAUGGUUCCCAAUCUAAAGGUGCUAAUCGUUCUGACUAUUUAAACAACGAGCCUAAUCUGGAGUCUCUGUCAUCAGGAUUUCAAAUUGAAGGAAACAGUAAUGUUGCAGACAGGGAGAAUCUCUGUGAGUCACAGAGUGAUCUGUCCUUGGGAUUAAAGGCGGAUGAAAGUGGUGAACGCUCUCGUGAAGUAAGCCUACCGAUCCAAGCCGCACCUAGACAUUGUUUUGUCACUAAACAAGCUCGCUUCUCGUCCAGUUCAGUAGAUACUGUGGCAUCUGAUGCUAUUGAGAUCCAACCUAAUCGUCAAGAGUUUCUCAGGCAAACUAGUCGAAACCGAUACCACAGAAACGAUUCGAAUCUUAGUUCACACGAGAGACCUUUCCACGUGUCAAAUUCUCCAGCCUCAGCCUCACAGACUCCGCAAUACCAAUGUCAGAACUCUGCAUCUCAGCUGCAUCCCAUGGUGCAAACAUCCAUUGCUCAUCCUCAAGCCCAGAUUUCUGGUCAGCAGAUGAGUGUAGCCACUUCAGAGAAUCCAGCAACGCUUCAAAGUUCAAUCUCACAGAAUCCGCAGAAGCAAUAUCAAGAUUAUGCAUCUCAGGUUCAAACAUCAUUUGCUGCUUAUCCUCAGACUCAGUCUCCUCAGAAUCCAAUGCAAAGCAAUGGCCAAGAAGCUCAGAUGCAGAGCAAUGAAGCCUAUAACCAGAUGUGGCAACAGUAUUACUAUUGCAAUUACUACUACCAACAACAACAACAGCAACUGCUUAUGUCUCAACAACCACAACAGCAACAGCUUAUAGUGGAGAAUCUGGAGGAAAUGAAGUAG